ACUGACCAUUUUUUUGGUGAGUGGCGGCUUUCAGGGCAGACGGAACUCCGGCGACCUAUUUCGAGCUUGGAAACCUGCCCUUUUUCUGUUCUGUUGGUAGACCGUUCUGUUGACUGUUGAAAGUUGAAAAAACAAGAGAACAAGUUGAAGUUAGAUUAGAAGUUACAUUGUUACAUUUACAUUACAAUUACAGGCAGUGAGUGAGUUUCAGUUUGUGAUUGUUUUUUUUAAAUGUUUUACUUGCACCUUUUAAUAAUUUACAUCCGCUAUUCAAAUUAAUGGUUUUAACAAAACUUGAGGAUAAUUGUAGUUUAUCAUACGUUGACUGGUUUAUUGUUUUUGGACGAAUCGUAGUUUGGUUGGGAGAAUCAAUAGGUUGAUUCAAGUAUGGAGGCUACAAAAAGAAAACAUGAGGAUGAAACUAAAUCUGGUGAUGCUGCAACUGCAUCAUUGUGGUUUUUUAAUCCUAUUGCUCUGAAAAAUCAAUCAAUAGAUUUAAACAAAAACAAGUUCCUGAUUGGAAGAGCCAAAGAGGUUGAUUUCCAAAUUACCACCCAGAGGGUUUCCCGAGAACACUGUCUCAUUCAGAAUGUCGGCACUAAAAACGCACCAAAGUGGGAGUUAGUGGAUAAGAAUAGCUCACUGGGAACAUUUUUGAAUGGUAGGAAAGUUCCAGCCCAUCAUGCAACGCCACUCAAAGAUGGCGACGUCAUCUUCCUAUCCGAUCCUGAUGUUUAUCCCAUUCGAUUUGUCAUGAACAACAGUAAACCUACAAAGGUCUCCAAAUCAGAAUAUUCAUCAUUUCCUAUCGCAAACAAGGCUUUCAAGCAAGAUUUUGAAGUUGAUAAAAAAAAUGAAAAUAAUGUAAUAGAGAUAGACUUAACAGAUCUUGAUCAAAGUGAUGGUCAAUUACGCACUAAACCAUCAAUAGGAUUAUUUGAAGAUACAAGUGCAAAAAGUUGUGAUAAUAUUAUCAAUAAUACUUUAGCAAAAACAAAACUGACGACGAAUAAUAUUGCCGGCAAAGAGAAUAGUUCAAACGAAGAGCACAAACUGAAACUAGGAAUAUUGAACCAGAAACUUCAAGAUCAGGAGAAAGAAAUUGAAAGACUGAAAUCCCAAUUGGAGAACAAAGAUGGAGAAAUGGAAAGAAUCUCAAAAGACAUGGAGAUAUUAAAGUUCUUUGAAGAAUCUAACAACGAAUUGAUAAAAAGCCUUAAUGCUGAUUUGUCUGCAAAAGAGAGAGAGCUCGAAAAUUAUCAGCAAUCAAAUAGUGAAGAAGCUGUUCUGUUGAAGACUUGUAGGACAUUUGUUGAUCUCAUUGAAGCCGAGCUUCAAUGUUCCAUUUGCAAUGAAGUUAUUGUUACGGCGUCAAUAAGCAUUCCUUGCUUCCACGUGUUCUGCAAUGCGUGCAUCACUUUAUGGUUUAAACAGAAGAAAGAGUGCGCCGUAUGUAGAACGCCGUCGCAUAUGAGAGUGCCAUGCAAAAUACUCGACUCGUUCAUUGAGAAAUUGAUGGAUAUGGUUCCCGAUCAAGAGUAUAAGCAGAAGAGGCAGCAGAUCUGCGAAGAACGAAGAAUUCAAGAGCGGGAUUCAAGAGCUGCCCCUGCUCCUGUUGGGCCACCGACACCACAAGCCUAUCGAGCCGUUGAGCCUCGCAUCGUACCUGAGCAUCUGCAAGACCAUUACCACGCUGCUCGUCACAUGUUAAUGGAUAUAAUGGUGGGAGGCCAGUUGGAAAGGCAAAUGAUUCAAAUUCCACAACUGCAUCAGCUGACGAUCGACCUGACAGCGCAGGAUGCAGCGGGGGCGGGGGCGGGGCCAGCCGCUCGUCGUCCCGUGCCAGUUCGUCGUCCGAGAUCUCGCAGAGGUCACAGAAAUACUUAGAUUUCAAAUUGGAACUGAAAGCAACUUAUUUAAAGUGUAUGAAUGAUCACAGCUCUUCACUAGGCCUGUCUUGAGCAAUAAUGAGCAUACGAAUGAAACGAGUGUCUCUUACUAUUUGAUGAUUCUUCAAAGAAAAUAAACAUUCAUUAAUCAAUACAAAAAGUGGGUUAUCUGGCAUCAAUUGGUUUGUUAUUCAAGUGUCAUUUUUAUUUCUGAAUACUAGUAAAUAAAUCGAUAAAUAUAUUUUCCUUUUUUUGUGAAUCCGUCAAAAUUUUUAUGUAAAAUUUGUUUCAUAUAACAAUUUUCUUACUCUUUUGUGCACAAAUUUACUCUUGUAGUAUAGUUUAAUGAAUAAUCUAGUUUUCAAUCCACAUUUCUUUGUCUUCAAACUAAUUUAUUCGCUAAUAUUCUGUUGUAUCAUCCAAAUAAAUUAUUGUAGCUAUUAAGAAGUAUAGAUCAAAGAAUUUUCAGUUUGUAUCAAUAAACUAAAUUAAUAAGUCUUAGGCUAGUUUCACACACAUACGGUUCCGUUCGGUUUGGUUCGUUUUCUGUUCGUUGCCGAAAACAAAUGAGACUUUACACAUACAAGGUGUACAAGGUGUCACAUGGUUCUUAUUCUUAUUAAGUUUGUAUUUUCCUCUCAAACACAGCUGUGUUUAGACUUUUACAAUUUAUUCAUGCUGGUGUUCAAAUAGUAAGAUGUGAUUUCUUGGACUACAAAAUUUUCCAGUUAAUUCAAAAUUGUGAACUUUUUAAAUAGUUUAUUUUUGAUUAUGUUAAUCAAGGACGUUCAGAAUGAUGAUUUUUCUUAGUUUGAAAAUUUCCUGUUUUAUUUUAGACUGUAAAUCUUUGAAAACGUGACACAUGAUACGUAACCUUCAUCUCUUCUCUCCAUUCAUGAAAUCAUGUAAUUUGCCUUGGAAGAAGAAAAAAAAAUAAAUAUGCUUCCUAAGUUUUAAUUUUUUCUUAUAUAUUUUCUAGGAUAUUCGCACAGCACUAAUACUAAAGUUUCAACCACAGCACUUAUUGCACUGAAGAUCAGUCGAUCCAUUUAUCAUCUGGAAAACUAUUCAUUGAAAUAAAAAUGGUUCAGUGAAAUGAAUUGAUCAUUAUGUUUUUGACAUGGAAGAUUUUGAAACAGAUAAUCUCACUAUCAGGUUAAAAUAAAAACCAGAAAUCAAGCCUGUGUGAAAGACUUUAUUUUUGUUUGAUGUUUCCUAGCAACGAAUUCGAAUAUGAUGAAACCUAUUCGUGUCGAGGGGGAGUUCGGUGCUGAAUUCGAGUUUGAGUUCUGAGGGGGAGUUUGAUGCUGUGAGGUUUCUAUUCGGUACCGAAUACAAACCAAAUUACCGUUUCACACUUAUCGAUCAGAAAGCUAACCGAACCGAACAGAACCGUAUGUGUGUGAAACAAGUCCAAUGAAACCUAUUUGUUUUGAGGGGUGUUCGGUGCUGUGCGGUUUUGGAAAUUUUACAGAAUUCAAAACUAAUUGCCGUUUCACACUUGUCAGAAUCAACGGGACCGAACAGAAAGCAAACCGGACCAAACAGAAGCGUAUGUGUGUGAAAAUAACCCAAUGAAUUGUAGUUUUCUUAUUUUAAAUUAUUAAGAAACUAUGUUGGAUAAUUUUGUACAAUUGUUAAGGUUAUCUAAAAUUCCAUUGAUUCUCUUAUGAAGAAUAAUUCUGAAUCUUGACCAUUCAAGAUUGUAUGAAAGAUUCCUGAUUCCCAUUCUAUGGGAAUGAUAUUUAGUGAGAGUAUUGAUUUUUCAAAAAUCUAAAACUUAAAAUACCCAAUUCCAAAAGGAUGUUAUGAGCGAUUUAAAGUAUAUUAUUUUAUUAAUUCAUUAUGAAUCUUUUAUCCCUUAUUAGAUGUCGUAAUUUGGAAAAAAAUAGCUUUGAUUUAUCAUUUUCCUAUUUGAGCUAAUAUUUGUUUUAUGUAAUCCUCAUGCAUUGGUGUUUGUGCUGAGCCAGACACGUAAAAAAAUGGCAAUUCAGUGUAAUUUGCCUGGCUGUUCCGUGGGUUUGAGAGAUGAAAAUAUGUUCAUUUGAAUUUUGCAUUGAAAAAACUUUGUCUGACACCUUAUUUUUUAGUCCUUAUUUCUUCAGUCUGUUGAUAGAUGGAUAUGGAUAAGGCCUGAUAUGUAAAUUAUCACUUUAAUUAAAAAAAUACUUCAAAUUAAAAAUGUGAUUAUAGUUUGGAGUGGUGUUUUAUCUAAAAUAGUAAGACGACCAACUAUUUUGCAUGUGACUCCAAUAGAGCUACUUGAUGAUAUUUCAGUGCUUAAGCGUCUUUACAAGUUAUGAAAGAAAUUUCAACAAAACAUUGUCAUCUCUAGAGAAUUACUUCGAUAUUUAAAGUUUUCAAGUGAUCUUUUUUAUAGUAAGUAAGUCUACAUUAAUUAUUAUUAAGAAUCGGAUUUAAUAAUAACCUCUGCACACCAAUAGCACAAAUUGCUUAAGCUGCGUUUACACCGGAGUUAAUAACACGAGUUAUUAACAAAAAGUUAUUAACUUGAGUGAAUCGUCAAAAAUUUCUCUUGACAAAAGUUAUUAACUCAUGUUUCUAACAGAAAAUUCCUUGUUAUUAACAAGAUCUUGUAAUCAAUAUAAUUGACUUCUAUAUAAUUUCAUUUAACGAGACUAUUCAUAUGAUAUAAUAGCCGGAAUAAAAAGCAAAAAAUCUGGUGUGGUGCACCCACACAACUUUCCUUGCCGUUAUGAAAAUUGAUCAACUGACGCUAGUGUUCACGCGCAAGUAUACUAUUCAAAGAUCUAAGCCAACUGGUGACAGGACAAUAACGCUGGAGACACACGAUGUGAGCUAUUUCUUCAUAGUGAAUGAUUCAAUAGAAUCAACAGUUGCCAAUAUUUUGCAAUUUAAUAAUCGCAUUUUCUCGAAUUUCAAGCUUAUUUUCAAUUUUAAGUGAAAUUGUUACUGAACAUUAAUUGCAGAGAUUUUCAUGCUCAAUCUUUUCCACAUGAAAUUUUUUGUUUCAAUUUUAUAUGAAGGCUGAUAAUUGAUAAUCUAAAAUCAAACUUUGCAUAGAUGAGGUGGAGCUCCUGAAAUUUUUACAGAUAAAGGACUUGGUGCAGUUGAUAAAGCUUAUCAAUGACUAUUUCAGGUAUGAAUUUGAUCAAAAUCGUUGGAGCCGUUUUCGAGAAAAUCGCGAAAAACCCUGUUUUUGACAACAUUUUAGCCGCCAUCUUGGAUUGCAUUUGAUCGAAAUUGUUCGUGUCGGAUCCUUAUAGUGUAAGGACCUUACGUUCCAAAUUUCAAGUCAUUACGUUAACUGGGAGAUGAGAUAUCGUGUACACAGACGCACAUACACACACACACACACACACACACACAUAGCCUACAGACCAAUACCCAAAAACCACUUUUUCGGACUCAGGGGACCUUGAAACGUAUGAAAAUAUAGAAAUUGGGGUACCUUAAUUUUUUCGGAAAGCAAUACUUUCCUUACCUAUGGUAAUUGGGCAAGGAAAGUAAAAAUUGUCUUCAAAUUUGAAUUGAAACAUGUGUAUGAUCAUUAGAAUAAUGAUCUUCAUCUGAUGUAAAUAAAUAUUAUAAUGCGUUCACUCCAGAGUUAAAAAAAAAGUUUUCAACAUAAGUUAAUAACAUUCUCUUUUGGCUGCUAGUUUUUUGUCACCAACAAAAGUUGAUAACUUUGUCACGUCUUUUGUCUGCAGCUGUAGUUAUUAGGGAACAGCUGUAUUCGUAGGGUAGGGAUGCUGGGCAAGGGGGUUGCGGGGAAGAUAGUAAACUGUUAUUAACAAAAGUUACUCUCGAUGGAUAACAUAAAUCUUGUUAAUAACAAGGAAUUUUCUGUUGAAAACACGAGUUAUCAACUUUUUUCAAGAGAAUUUCUUGUCGAUUCACUCAAGUUGACAACUUUCUAUUAAUAACUCAUGUUAUCAACUCCGGUGUAAACGCAACUCAACAUGAUUAAUAAAAUUUUUGUAAUUAACAUCAGUUGAUAACAAAAAUGUUAAAAACUUGUGUUAUUAACUCCGGUUUAAACGCAGCUUAAAACUGUUUUUUUGGUACCUAUUCUGAAUUUUUUGCUCAACCUUUCUGCAGUUGGGUGUUGUAUAUAUUUAUGAAUAAAAGUGUAAAUAUUCAAUCGUAUUACAUUUUUACCAGACAGUUUAUAAAAAUAUGUUUACUUUAUUUUAGUUUUUAUUCUGUAGAUUGUCUGCAGAGUAAAUCUUUUUUGAAUAAAAUGGUUGUCACUGACUCAUUAUACUACCA